ACUGAGUGGCAGAAGCUGGGUCGGGGUUGCAGCUCGGGUGCUGCAGGCGCGCGAGGUACGAGAGGGUAGAGUUGUCCUGCUGGGGAGGAUCCGGAACCACGCAAGAGUUCCUUAACCGAGAGGCGCCAGGCCUGUGACCGUGCACGGGAACAGCAGUGCAGAUCUCCCGAUGACAGGGUGCAGUCCUGUGUUUGCCAUGCAGCACACUGUGGGUGUGUCCCACAUACUGGUGCGGAGAGGCCUCCUUGGAAGGGACCUCUUUAUGACAAGGACUCUCUGCAGCCCAGGCCCCAGCCAGCCUGGAGAGAAAAGACCUGAGGAGGCGGCCCUUGGGCUGUAUCACCGGCUCCCAGCACUGGGAAGAGCCCUGGGGCACAGCAUUCAGCAAAGAGCCUCCUCCACAGCCAAGGCUUGGUGCGACAGAUAUGAAGAGUUUGUUGGACUCAAUGAGGUUCGAGAGGCCCAGGGAAACGUGACUGAGGCAGAGAGAGUAUUCAUGGUGGCUCGCGGGCUUGUCCGAGAGGCUCGGGAGGACUUGGAAGUUCAGCAGGCCAAGCUAAAGGAGGUGAGGGACCGCUUGGAUCGUGUCUCCAGGGAGGACAACCAGUACCUGGAACUGGCUACUAUGGAGCACAGGAUGCUGCAGGAGGAGAAGAGGCUUCGCAUGGCCUAUCUGCGUGCAGAGGAUGCUGAACGAGAGAAAUUUUCCCUCUUCUCUGCUGCUGUGCGGGAAAGUCAUGAGAAGGAGCGCACGAGGGCUGAGAGGACCAAGAACUGGUCCCUCAUUGGGUCAGUCCUGGGAGCCCUGAUUGGUGUGGCUGGCUCCACCUAUGUGAACCGUGUACGGUUACAGGAGCUGAAGGCCUUGCUCCUGGAGGCACAGAAGGGGCCUGUGAGUCUCCAGGAGGCCAUCCGAGAACAGGCGUCUAGCUACUCCCUCCAGCAGAGGGACCUCCAUGACCUCAUGGUGGACCUGAGGGGUCUGGUGCACGCUGGGCUGGAGCAGGGCUCUGGGUCACGGGCAGAUACUUCCCCUACUCAGGACAGAAACACAGAUGUCCUUUCAGCUGCAUUGGAAGAGCAGCUCAGUCAUUCCAAGCAGGUCCAUUCAUGUCUAGAGGGUUUACAAGAACAGCUUGAUGGCCUGGAAAAGACUUUCAGCCAAGUGGCUGGGGUGGUUCAGCUUGCAAAGUCUGCAGCACAUCCAGGCCCGGUGGAGCCAGGAGACAAGGCUGUGCCCAGCUCCUUGCUGGAGCAGGGGAGCAUGAUCUUGGCACUGUCAGAUAUGGAGCAGAGGCUAGAAGCCCAAGUCAACAGGAACACCAUCUUUAGCACGCUGGCCACCUGUUUGACAUUUGUGGCCACACUGCCUGUGCUCUACAUGCUGUUCAGGUCCAGCUAGCCCCUGGACUCUCCUUCAGAGGGUCUGAGGGGGUAGUUGUGAAUGUGGAUUUAGUUAGAGAAUCCCAGCAAUGAAGUGAGCCUUUGGGGGCAUACACAACCUGAGUCUGAGCACCAUCUGUGUGGCUCACCAGCAGGCAUACUUUGCUGUGUAAGC